AUGCACCAGCUCGCUGUUUCCUAAAUGCCAAGAAGAAGAAACCUUAGCGGCGUGUGGAGGUCGUACUCGGUCCAGUAUGUCUGUACUUUAUCCAACUUUCCUGCUCUGUGUUUAUGGAUUUUUCUCCAACCUGCGGCCCCUGGAACCGUUUCUCACCGCCUACCUGAUGGGACCAAACAAGAACCUGACGGAAACUCAAGUUGUCAAUGAAAUCUAUCCCAUUUGGACGUACUCCUACCUGGUCCUCCUGUUCCCCAUCUUCCUGGCCACAGACUACCUGUGCUAUAAGCCUGUGUUGGUGCUGCAGGCCACCAGCCUGGUGGUCACCUACGCCAUGCUGUGGAAGGCUCAAGGCAUGCUGGCCAUGCAGCUGCUGGAGUUUUUCUUCGGACUCGCCACGGCUUCCGAUGUGGCGUAUUACUCCUACAUCUACAGCGUGGUGGACUCAUCACACUACCAGAGAGUGACCAGUUACUGCCGCAGCAUCACUUUGUUUGGAUCGGCUGCUGGUUCUCUGACCGGUCAGCUCUUGCUCUCUGUGGCCCAAGCUGAGCUGGUCCACCUCGUCAUCGUCUCUCUGGUGUCGGCCAGCGUGGCCUUUGUUGCCCCCUGGUUUCUCCCCAUGCCCAAAAGGAGCUUAUUUUUCCACAAAAGUCUGGGAGCAGCGGAAAACAGACCAUGCAGCGCUUCCCAAACAGAGAGGGAGCAGGAUUCAGACGUCCACAUGCCCAUGAUAUCCAGGCCAUCUGAGGCAGGAAGAAGCAGCAGUGGUCUUGUAGAUGUGCUGCGGAUGCUCUUCAGGGACUUUGUGCAGUGCUACAGAUGUCGCCCCCUGCUGGCCUGGUCGGUGUGGUGGGCUCUGGCCACCUGCGGCUACUUCCAGAUCAUCAACUACGCUCAGCCUUUGUGGGAGAAAAUUCGGCCGUCACAAGAUUACGAAAUCUACAACGGCUACGUGGAGACGGCGUCCACGCUGCUCGGAGCUCUGGCAGCUCUGCUGGUGGGCUGCCUCCCAGUGUCCUGGGCUCAGUGGGGGGAGCUGGCUUUGUGUUUGCUCUCCAUGCUCAUGGCUGUGUGUGUGUUUCUGAUGAACCUGUUGGAGAACAUCUGGGUUUCUUACGGCUCAUAUAUCCUCUUCAGAGCCACCUACAUGCUGCUCAUCACCGUGGCAACAUAUCAGAUCGCUGCCAGUCUCAACAUGCAGCGAUAUGCUCUGGUGUUUGGAGUCAACACUUUCGGCGCUCUGCUGCUGCAGUCUCUCCUCACUCUGGUGGUCGUCGACUCAGCUGGUCUGGGCCUCGAUGUUUUCACUCAGUUUCUCAUCUAUGGCACUUACUUCGCGGUCAUCUCUGUGAUCUUCCUCCUCGCCGGACUCUGCACUCUGGCCUCUAAGAGGCGCCAUAAGGAGGACGUUAUGGCUGAUAUUCAAGCAGAAGCAGAGUCAAACUCUCCUCUGAAUGGUGACGUCAGCUCCUGCACAAGCAUGCAAGGAAACCCAUCAGCUUCUCUCAGUAAGAACACUGGAUGAGGAAAGUAACGCCUCGAGGUGGGAAAAAAAAUCACCAUUUCAGUUGCAGUGGAAGCUGAUGGCUUAAUGUAUAAAUUACAUUAAUUUAAUUUAACCAGCGUGUGUUCUGGCUGGAAAUAUCAAACAACAAAAGAUGAGACGUUUUGUAAAAAGAACUAGUGAUAAAGUUGCUUUUUAUUUAUUUUUAUUUAACAUACCUCAUUCAAAUGAUUCAUACCCAUCACUCAAGACAAAGACAUUAAACAGGGAUUUGAAGGUACAUGUCAUACACAGGCAGCCAUGAUGGAUUUUUUUUUUUUUUUUUUUUUUUUUUGGCAGUACUAAAUGACUUUAUAGGGAGGGAGGAGGGACUUAUAUAAUUGUGAGGAUAUGUCUUAUACACAGUAACAUAUAUUUACGUAUUUAUGUGCUUGACAUGUCCUCGCAAUGUGUCAUAGACUUGUGUGUGUAUGGCUGUGGUUGGUUCAUUAGAUGUAUGUUGUUGCUGUGUAUCACUACAUGGGACUGUAAAUGGGAGGUGUGUGUGUGAUUCCAAAGAGACACACAGAACUGAGCCUGAUCUUAGUAUCGCCAUGACAACAGAGCCUUUUCUCUCCCCACCGAGACGCCCAAUAAUAGUCACAAAAGCCUUGUUUCCACCAACAGGUGCGGAUAUGGGUCGUAAACUGUAAUCUCGUUGCAUUUCCACAGCCAACCAUAACCCCACCUGAGAGGCGGAGCAUUAGCUGGAUAGCGAUAGAUGCCUCAGCUACGUAAUAGCAUGACGCCAUCGCAGCGCCUUCGUUAACCCUUAUGGAUAAUCAGGGACUUUUUUUGUCCCUUUUGGUAAUUUUUUGCUCAACUUUUGGCCACCAUUUUUGUUGUGUUGCCCCAAAUGGUAUGAUUUAUUUGUAAGAAAGCGUUUCUUUUGAAGAACUUUGAUAUUCCAAUUUUAAUUUUAUUCAGAGGUCAUCAGGUCACUGGGGACAAAUUUAACAAAUCAUUUCAGGUCAUUGAAGGAAAAAAAAAGUCCCCUCUUAAAAAACUGCUAUUAAAAAAUUACAGAAUAAUAUUUUUUACAACUUUUUUUUUUUACUCAGAUGUUUUAGUCAUCUUCAGACCUAAUCAGAAAUACCAAACAUUAGAUCAUUUGAAUUAUUUUUAACCCUUUAAAUGCCAAUUUUCCAGCACAAAGUCAUUGUUUUAAUAAAACUUAAAGCAGAAAAAAGGAUUUUUUUUCGCAUAUAAUAGAUUUUAAGAUCAGUCUUAAAUACUAAAAAUAUACUAAAAAUGAAUAAAAUUGGCAUUUAAAGGGUUAAAAAUAAUUUGAAUGAUCUAAUAUUUGGUAUUUUUGAUUAGAUCUGAAGAUGAUCAAAACAUCUGA